CAACCCGCCUGACCAGUGCCAGCUGUGAAAUCGACGGCUCACCCGACACAGUACACAACUUGGCCAGUGUUCAAUAGACCUGGCGGGAGAGAGGGUGUGUACCUUGCUCGCUCUCGCGCUUACUCACUGGGCUUGACUUCGUUUGAUCUAUUUAGUGCUUAGCAAGAAACAAAUCCAGUUGGCGACACCUUACAACUCUCUGUGGAAAUCGGGUGAGGUGGGCGUUCUCCGGAGUCAAAUCUGAAUCGGUAAGUCAUCUGUACUCGACCUUGAAGCAGGUUGCGGAGCACAGCCACGAUGACCUGCGUCUGACCAAUUAUGUGACCUAACCGCACCCGCUAUCCGACCUAGAAUUCAGUGAACGGAGGAGGGAGAGCAGGAGACCUUGAAAGAUUAUAAAGUGGACCUAGCAAUUACUGACCGGUAUGGUGCUGUGACUGGGUUACGGCAUUUUUCACUUUGCAUGGCCGACGGUAAAUGGUGCUAAACCGAUUCACCGUAAUGAGAAACACCGAUGACCUCAUGUUCCAUUUGAAGCCAAGCAGACAAAGUAGACUGACAGCAAAUACAACACGAGUGAAGGGAACCUCGUAAUAGGGGCUGGAAAAGGAAAGGAGAUACAGAUAAGGGGUUACACCUUUAAUACCUAAUGGGUACACUGGACUUGUGUUACGCGCUAAGAGACCAUGAUAAUUGUAAACAGCUUAGAAUCUUGAAACGUAAAGUGACUGGGAAACUUUCUCUCGCGCUAUAUAAACAUUAGUUCUGGAAUUUACUAUCUUACUACGUAGCGCCUUGUAUUCCACUUCUGCGACAUCAAGUAAAAUACUGACGAGAAAUAGGAAGUGUGUUGUUCGUUCUCACGUGAUGACGAUUAAAGGAUUAUCUGGUAGGAUUCAAAAUCGAGACUAAGUCGAUUGGCUGGUUAUAUCCCCUACGUGGUCGUCCCUUGCGAGAGGAACAUCGGGGACACGUUGACCUUCGUUAUCUCUCUCAUCCUUGGGCCUGUAACCUGUCCAGUGAUUCCUUGGCUCUGCUGUCCUCUUGAUUUUUCAGAUUCCAAAAUAAGCAUCAGCCCACCUGUCAACUGCACAGAGAAAGGCGCUGUUUACGGCGCCACAAUCUUCUGGACGAUGCAGCUCGUCUCUAUAGUCGGACUGGUCUCCGCCAUCGCGGGAUUGGCGUCAUGCACUGCCAAGGAAGUUGGUUAUCCGCUGGAACAGAGCAUCCCUAUCGUAGCGUCCUUCGACCUUUCGGAGACCCUCAACAACAUGUUCACCCAGCCCGACGUCGUCGAAGUCCCGCUGAAUCCAUCGGGCGUCGUCAAGACUAAGUUGUUCGACCUGUUGAGGGCAGCUUACCUGAAGGAUGUCGAGAAGGACCGGCUGCAGUCGAAGAACGGCGACAAAGAGAAAGUCAAGGACCUGAACACGACCCUCGUAGAAGAAGAUACGUCCGCGCCACUGAAUAGGACCAGAAGACAAACGCGCGUCGUGGACGUGCCCAUCCCCACACUUCUUGGUCAUGUGCCCGGACCCGACGAUCCGGACACGGACGUGUGCGCACGUGACGAAGUGUUGUUGGAUGAUGGCGACUGCUACGAGUUGCUAGACCAGGGCCCCUGUGAGGACGACGAAUUUGUCAUCAUGGACCCCAAUACAAGGAAGGGUUUUUGUGCUCCCCGUCUGUGUCCUCCAGGGAGAGUCUUCCUCUUCAGCGAUCAGCUGUGCCAUGACCCAAGAGAAGCAGGACUGUGCCCACCUGGGCGCAUGGUCUUCACGAGCAGCUUCGGCACCCCGCUGUGUGGAUGCCCUGACGGCACUUACGAGGAGGACGACGACCUCGAUGACAACGUGUGUGAGCCCAUUUUAGGUCAAAUUCCCAACUGUCCUUCAGGGGAGGUGUUCUGGUUCACUGACUUCCGCAGUCCUCCUGCCUGCCGACCUGACCCUUGCAAAGGCCUGAACUUGAAAAGAGGACCCGAAGAUCUGCCGUAUGUUCCCGCUCUUGUUGACAGAAAAUGCUACAGAAUUGGAUCGCAACCGAGUAUCUGCAAAUCAGAUCAGUUCUACUCCUUAUCUCUGAAGUAUCUUCGUGGCGUUUGCUCAACCUUGGAUGAGGCAGGAUACACCGUUUUAGACGACGGAGACGUGUCAUCCCUCACGAGCACAUUCGGAGAAUUCAUCACCAAAGACUCAGGAUCCUCUAAGCCCCGGGUCACUGCGAAACCCCGAAUUUCAUCGAGCAAACCCAACCUCCUCUCCUUCAAGCCGUCUCGAAGUCCGCCCAAGAUAACACCGGCUGGUACUUCUUUACUGUCCAGUCCCGAAAUCGGGGCUCCAGUCAUGAAAAUGGAAAACGCAAGUGUCUACCAGAACCCCAUUCUUAUUGGACAAUCUGUGGUGGCCAAUCACCACCCAGCUCUCAAUGAAGUAGACCCAAGGCGACCUGUCCUGGCCUUGGCGGCUACCCACAUGAACGCCUUCUCAACGCCUCUGAUUACUGUCAACGGUUCAACGACAAUGUUAGGCUUCGUUGCUGGGGUGUUCCCUACCCACCACUUCGGCAAACGCUCGAUAGAGUCCGACAACCAGGGGAGGGAAUCCACGUCGACACUUGGAAGCGUGUCAUUUGAGGGCGCCGCCCGAGCACCGAGGCACCACCGGAGGAAGAGGUCUCCCUUGCCUUUCGCCUCUCCCGGCAACGUCAUCGAGCCCGGCCUCACGAGUUGCAGAGCAGGAGCCAUCCGCGAUAUCAACGCCAAAUGUCGUAACACAGUUUUGCCGAGCAGAUUCCCGCCGUCAAGACCAACGCGUGACGUAUCUCCUACAAAGCCAAGCCCAUCUUGCCCAGGGGGCGGCUACUGGGGUCUUGGCCGCACCUGCUCCUCCAGCAGCAGCGGCAUCGCCUCCGCCAUCAAUCGCUUGGGUCUCGGAUAAGGUCGCAGCGUCGCAGACUCGAUAGUUUUAGGGAUCGUUAGAAAGUUCAGUUUCUGCAUCAACAAAGGAACGAUCUGCUGAUCAUCAGCUGUAUUGAUUCUCUCUUUAUAAUUGAUAUGCUUCGUAUAUUAUAUCCUUAUGUAAGGUACCAAGUACAUUUAAAUAUUUUGGAAAUAAGAAUUCUAGUUAUUAUAUCAGAUUGAUAGGUCUUGUCCCAUUCAUGUAUUAGCAUCAUGUAAGUUAAUUAAGAGUUAUCAUUCACCAAAUAUUGGCCUCCUUUGCUCUGAUUAACGAGCAGUUAUAUCAGACUUUGUCGUCACUUCAUAGAUGCCCCUUUUACCCGUAAGAUUUUCAGCCUUUUCGAAAUUCUCGCGCUCUCUUCGAUUCACUGAUUAGCGUAGAGCUCAAUCAUUCCAAGUAGGAGGUGACGUUACCUGCGCCUUGGAAACGUCGUCACACCUUACAGUAUUUCUAUUCAACAGCCAGUGCCAUAUGUAUGAAUGCCCACAUAACGUUUCCUCUUCAUUUAGUCUAUCAAGUGUUACAGAUUUCAGUCUUGGAGAUUUGUGACAAAAUCGUUGUCGUUUGGUAUAGCUCGGACAGAACUGCAAAGAGAGGCUACUUUCUGCGUUGAGGUUGUACUGUUCUCCGCACGAAACUGGAUCUGCACGAUUGUUUCAAGUGUCACAUCAGCUGUAGAUGUAGAUGUGGGAGAGCAUUGCUGUCGGAAUGUCUUCUUAGUGAGACCAGGGCAUUUAUUUGGUAGAGUUAGCUGGGCAGGGGUUUUGGGGAUGUAGGUGUUGUAAGUAUUGUUCCUUUAGUACAGUCCAAACCAACUAAAACCAUUUUGCAUUUUAGUCUUAAGAACAUCUCGACAUUGAUGAUUAUGAUGGCGGUCAAUUUAUCGGUAAAUUACCCUUAAGGUUAAUCACGCAUACUAAUAUCACUAUUAAUGGAUUAGUCAAACCCUCUUGUAACGUAUGUUGUUGCAGAUUCAAGGUUUAUUAUUUGUUGGCAUUCCAUAUCUAUCCUUAUUAAUGAAGCCCGAUUCCCUGUUUUUAAAAAAUCAUCAGGAUAUAAAUGAAAACAAUGAACACAAAAAGGAAGAUUUUUAUCAUGUCCGUUGGAUUUCAUUACGUUAUCCUGUUUCCCUUUGUUAUUCUAUUUAGGAAACAGUCUGGCUAAUAUCAGGUUCUUGUAUUAGAUGACAAUUUACGAAUAAUUUUUAAUCAUUGAUGUAAUAUAGCAAUUUAUAGUCAUCCGUUGUGACCUUUGAAAAGCAGCUCUGUAAUCAACUUAAAAAAAUGAACCCUAUCCCAAGACAAAAGAAUGUGGUGUUCAAUUUGCAAUUUAAAAAGGUGAUCUCCUCAAUAUAUUUGCAUUUCUAAUAAAAUCAACUAUACCGGUCUCUAGUGUUUGAGCAUCGCCGAGAUCAAUGGAUGGUGCGUUAUAAUAAAAGAGUCCACUAUGAAAAA